AUGACUUUACUGAAUGAGUCAGAUCAGCUGUCCCCUCCCUCCUCCCCCCUCUCCUCCAUAGAGCACAAUUUCUCUGUCUUUGCCACCCAUGACCCCUCAUACUCCCCCGUGACCUUCCCCACCUCCUCCUCGCUCACCUCCUCCAACUGCACCAGCUCUCCGUCGGCCUCCUCUCCUCCGUACAACUUCUACGCCGUGCUGCUGGUGCUCCUGAUCUUCUGCGUGGUGUUCGGUAACGUGCUGGUGUGCGUGGCGGUUUCUCGGGAGCGCGCUCUGCAGACCACCACCAACUACCUCAUCGUCUCCCUGGCCGUGUCCGACCUGCUGCUGGCCACGCUGGUCAUGCCCUGGGGCGUCUAUCUGGAGGUGGUGGGGGAGUGGCGCUUCAGUCUCAUCCACUGUGACAUCCUGCUCACCCUGGACGUCAUGAUGUGCACCGCCAGUAUCCUCAACCUGUGCGCGAUCAGCAUCGACAGAUACACAGCGGUGGCCAUGCCGAUGCUCUACAACACCAGAUACAGCUCCAGGAGGAGGGUGGCGGUGAUGAUUGCUGUGGUGUGGUUCCUCUCUUUUGCCAUCUCCUGCCCUUUACUGUUCGGACUCAACAACACUGCCAGCCGCGAAGGCACCACGUGCAGCUUUGCCGACCCGGCCUUCGUGGUCUACUCCUCUGUGGCGUCCUUCUACGUUCCCUUCAUCGUGACGUUGCUGGUGUACGCGCAGAUCUGCGUGGUGCUGCGCAAACGAGGCAGACGCACCGCCCCGCCGCGCAGACACGGUCUGCACACGCAGGGCGGCGCAGAGGCAGGAGAGGGUCAUCGGCACAGAAAGAAUAAGUGUACACAGCCGGAGGAUGUGAAGUUAUGCACCCUGAUCCUGAGACCUGCCACUGCGGCCCCGCAGCGCAAGAAAGUGACCCUGGUGAAGGAGGCGGUGGUUCACCCCCUCGAAGUGGAGCCGGGUCAGUUCCUGCCGCAGACCGAGCAGAGUCAGGCUCCUCCCCCUGCUCCCCAGCCCUCCUCCCACUCGGGACGGGCGAGGAUCUCCCUGUCCAUCUCAGUUGGACCUACCCCGGUUCUUCCUUCAACCGUGACACGAUCGGCCCUGACGCCUCGCCCCCCCACCCUGGAGGACGGCAUGAGGGGACGUGAGGGAUGGAGGGAGCGCAGCGGAGGCAGAGAGAAAUGGGGGAUCACCAAGGAGAGGGUGAGAGGGAGGCUGUCACAGCAGAAGGAGCGGAAGGCGACACAGAUGCUCGCUAUUGUGCUCGGCGUGUUCAUCAUCUGCUGGCUGCCUUUCUUCCUGACCCACGUGCUGAAGGCCCACUGCAGGAGCUGCUGUAUCUCGCCCUCACUGUACAGCGCCGUCACCUGGCUGGGAUACCUCAACAGUGCCGUCAACCCCAUCAUCUACACCACUUUCAACAUUGAGUUUCGCAAAGCCUUCAUCAAGAUCCUGCACUGCUGA